ACCCGAAAAUAGAGAGGAUGACAAGCAGAGUGAGAGGGGAAAGUUCGAAUUACACAAAUCCAUGUCUGACAAUGCAUCAGCCUUGGGCUUCUUUACUUGUUUAUGGCAUCAAACGCAUUGAAGGCCGCUCUUGGCCUUCCCCUAUUACUGGCCGACUUUGGAUUCAUGCUGCGGGUAAGGUCCCGGAUCCUGAAACUAUCAAAGCAAUGGAGGACUUUUACAAACAAAUAUAUGCAUUAGAUGGGGUUACUGAUCUCAAGUUUCCAGAACAUUACCCUGUUUCAAAGCUAUUAGGUUGUGUUGAAGUGGUUGGGUGCGUUAAAGGUGAAGAGCUUGCAUCAUGGGAGGAUGUUCCUCAAGGGGUGAGGCUAGAAUCACUAACAGCUUUUUGUUGGUUAUGCGAGCAACCACAGAAAUUGGUUGUACCAUUUGAAAUGCGUGGAUAUCAAGGAGUAUAUAACUUGGAAAGAAAGUUUCUUGAGGGAGCUCGUAGAGGUCUUAAAUCAGUUGAAGCACCGUUGGCGGUUAAGUUUCCACUGCCAGACCCACGAAACCCGUUAUCUUUAAAGCCAGGGUCACUGGUAAAUGGGCUUAAGAAAGGCUCAAACAAAUCUAAAACAGAUGAGGGUUCAUCUCCAACCCUUAAGGCAGCCAUAGAAGGUGCAAGAGCUGCUGCCACACAGUUCUCAAAGAAGCCCAAUGGCCCACACAGUUUUCAAAACAGAUGAGGGUUCAUCUCCAACCCUUAAGGUAGCCAGAAGGUGAAAGAGUUGCUGCCACACUGUUCUCGGAGAAGCCCAAUGGCCCACCUACAUCAGCUUUCGGAGGACAAGGUUCAAGAACUAGGAGCAACAGUAGAGAAGGUGUUCAGUGAUUCGAUACCAAGUCUGACCAAUGCUGGCGAGAAUUCUGUUUGUGUUUGUAACAUUUUAGGCUAUUCGUUUGAUGUAUUAUCGUGAAUAAUGAAUAACGUGUUACAUAUAGUUUGUGUUUAUUCGUAACUCUAUGCUUUAGUGAUGGUUCCAUUGUAUUAUACAGUUAGGUAUUCUGUUUGACUGUGAGUAGGUAGUGUGAUUUCCGUUAGAACUGUUGGCUUGCGUGAUUUAAUGCUUGUUUUUCCUUUUCUUA